AUGUUCUUACCACGAAUGCACGAUGUGCGCACCUGUGUAUUUCUGUUGGCUCUCAUCAGUAUCCUGCUCAUCGGCAUCUGCACCGGACCCAGAGGUUCAGGUCACGAUAUCGAAAAGCUGAAGGCCUUCCAUCGCCGCGACUCAGUAGAAGUCCCCCAUGAUCCCGACUCCAUCUCUCUCCUCAACAUCUCUUCCCCGCUUGUACGCCGACAGGAUUACAGCUGCGGUCCUGGCCGACCAUGUUCCAACGGGGCCUGCUGCGGCAAGAGUGGCUUCUGCGGAUACGGGGCGACUUACUGCGGCAGCGGCUGCGUGUCGAACUGCAAUGCCGUCGCCGAAUGCGGGCAGAAUGCAAAACCGGCUGGUAAAAAGUGCCCCUUGAACACAUGCUGCAGUGAGUUUGGGUUUUGCGGAACAACCAAGGACUUCUGUACAGGAAAAUGCCAGUCCAACUGUGUCGUCAACCCAGCGCCACCAGGCGGCUCGGCCAAAGGCCAGGCUCUCAGAAGAGUCAUCGGAUACUAUGAGUCGUGGAGCUAUCGAUCUAAGUGCAACAACAAGAAGCCAAGUGACAUGCCGCUCAGCGAGCUUACUCACCUAAACUACGCAUUCGCCUUUAUAUCCCCUGGCUCCUACGAGCUUAUCCCCAUGGACGACAAGACGCCCGAGAGUCUUUUUAGGCUAACAACCAAUGUCAAGAAACAUAACCCCAGCCUCAAAGUCUACAUUGCGGUUGGAGGAUGGACAUUUUCCGACAACGGAACCGUUACGCAGCCACUUCUCGGAGAGAUUUCAUCUACAGAGGCAAACCGCCAGAAGUUUUCUGACAACGUCGUGCGCUUCUUGGACCGACACGGCUUUGACGGCAUUGAUAUCGACUGGGAGUAUCCAGGCGCCCCCGACCGCGGAGGGAAACCUCAGGACACCGAGAACUUCACCAAGCUGAUGAAGACUCUCCGUCAGACAUUUAACGCAUCUCCUCGAUACCUUGGUAUUACCUUCACUAUACCGUCUUCCUACUGGUACUUGAGAUGGUUCGAUAUGCCAGGGCUUCUCAAGUACGCAGACUGGACCAACCUGAUGAGCUACGAUCUGCAUGGCACCUGGGAUCGCAACAACCCCAUCGGCGCUAUCGCUCAGGCUCACACGAAUUUGACCGAGAUCAAGCUGGCUGCCGAGCUACUAUGGCGUGUGGGCGUCAGGCCGGACCAGGUGGCCAUCGGCUUCGGCUUCUACGGCAGGUCUUUCGAGCUGACAGAUCCAUCAUGUACUAAGCCCGGGUGCCCUUUCCGUGGAGGGGCGAGACCUGGCCCCUGUUCUGAUACGAGUGGUGUUCUUAUGCAUUACGAGAUACAGGCCAUUCUCAAGCAGGUACCGGGAGUCAAGCCCGUACACGACACAGCAGCUGCCGUCAAGUAUAUUGUCUGGGACAAGAACCAGUGGGUUUCGUAUGACGACAAGGACACGUUCCAGGUGAAGCUGGCGUGGGCGAAUUCGGUUGGCUUCAGCGGCUCCCUGAUCUGGGCCGUGGAUACCGACGAUGACCGAUUCUCGGCCAUCAGCGGGCUCCUAGGGAAGUCAGUGGCGCACGCCGAUCUCAGUAUCGCGGAUCGUUCUCUAUCUUUUACGGAAAUCAAUGUUGCCGGGUUGCUGAAUGAGGAGAGCGGCAAGUCAUGCAAGGUCUUCACGUCCCUGCCGUGUCAAGGACGUCUGGCCUGCCCAUCCGGUCCCAACAAUUACCGUUUGGUUGGCAAUGACAGAGAUGGCUGUCCAGAUUCGCCGCUCAAGAAAUGUAGUUGGCGAGGAUCAGAGCCCAACUGUAAUGGACAAUGCCGUUCUAACGAGGUCAUGAUUGCUCGAUCUGACUGGGGCGGAUUCGGCAGUAGUUUGGCCGGAAGGGAUGAAGAGAGGUGUAUCAUAGGUCUUAAGGUACUGUGCUGUGAGGCGCCGACUCGAAAGACUACUCUCUCUGGUUGUCGUUUGACAUCCUGUGGUGGAACAUGCGACGCCGGCAAUGAGAAAGAGCUAUCCCAGGUCAAAUGCCCGAAGUCCUACAAACGCUACUGCUGCCCCAAGGACUCACCUCUAUACGACUGUAGGACUAGAGGAACUACUCCCGCCGCAAUUGCCCCGCGGCAAACGCCAACGCCGACGCCCUCUGUGAAAGGGAGAUGCGAUGCGGACGAGGUCGAAAUCCCAAGUGGCAACGAUAGGCUCUCCUCCCAGGGGGCGCAGGUCUUGGACUUCAGAGGGCCGAAAACUUCGCUGCUCGGAAUACCGAACGCCUUCUGGACGAACGCAUGGCAGAGCGAGAACGCGGGGCUCGGCGGACAGUCGCCCGAGCAAUACGUGAGCAGGCACCUCGGGUCCACCAGCCAACCGAAGUCUCUCGUCCUCUUGGAAGCCCCUAUCCACACGAUCAAAGACCGCCUGGAGAGGUAUAUGCAGCCCAUUUCCGACGCGAAUUUCAAAAAGUACGUGGCUAGGGCCGUCGGGGGUGAGCAGGCGGCCGUGGAUUCAUUCUUCGCCCCAUUACGACAGACCAUUGGAGUCUUUGAGUAUCUCCAGGACCAAACAAUCGCGGCACACAUGCAGGACAUUGUGAAAAACGUCGCCAACGCGUUGGGCGAAGUGGGACGGGAGUUCCCCGAGGCUGCAGGACUAGCCGAUAUUUGGAGAGAAGCCCAUUCUCACUAUUUCGAGCAGGUCUCUGCACACGCUAGAGCCCUCAUGAACCGCCGGAUCAGCGAGCUGAGGGCCAGUUUCGAAAGCACGACUUUGCCGUAUCGAGACGGAGUGCUUGACGAGUUGGAUCGGAUGCAAGAAUCGGUCCCGUAUCUGAGGUAUCCCUGGGAGCAAGGAGGGAACUCGCUCAACGGCAAUGAUGCAGAUGCCGGCCAGAGUUCCGGGACGGAUCCGAACGCCGGUCAGGGUUCGGGCAACGGUCUGAGGAAAUUAGUUGUAGCUUGA